AUGUUCCGUCUUGUUGCUAAGCCAUCCAUCAAGUCUGCUGCUACUCUCUUCGCUAGACCAAGCUUCAAUAGAUAUUACUCUGUUAAUGCUGCUGCUCAAGGUUCUUUCCUCUCAAAGGAUGAAGUCACUGAACGUAUUAUUAAUGUCUUGAAGAAGCACGAAAAGGUCGACCCAACCAAGGUUGCCCCAUCCUCUCACUUUGUUAAUGAUUUGGCUUUGGAUUCAUUGGACUCAACAGAAGUUGUUAUGGAAGUUGAAAAUGAAUUUGGAAUUGAAAUCCCUGAUGAAGAAGCUUUCAAGUUGCAAAGCGUUGAAGAUUGCAUUAAAUACAUUUCAUCCAAUCCAAUGGCCAAAUAAAUAAUUAAAAACAAAUAGUAAUAUAUUCAAAAG